GACGUAUACGCCGAGUCCCUGACAUAUCUCGGGUACGGGUAUCCCCUCUGGUGUCCCGAUACCUGGAACCAGUUGAGGCCUUGGGAUAUCGAGAUCGGGGACGUGGGUUGGCUGAGGAAAGGCCAAUUCUGCCCUCUUAUCAGAACAACGACCAGCCGUGCUACCCAGCAGCCUUACGGAACCCUUCCCGCAGGUCACGUUCCAUUCGACAUCUCUAGGGCCGCACUAGGUGGAAAUCCAGACAGGAUCAUGCAGAGUAUGCUGCAUAGCAGAAGAAUACAGAUGAUAGAGGUUUCGGCCGGGCUUUCGGCCAGCUUGUCCGUCGGUUUCAAGUGUGCCGAAGAUAAAGGGGCGCUCUUGAUGCUCAGACCGAAAGGUGAAGAGAAGAUAUGUCAAUCUGCAGGGCUCAUCAAGAACUACCUGCGCGCCAACCACAAGAAAUGGGAAGACUUCGCGAACGAUGCGGACGGGCUGGGUUUGGACCUAAAGGCCGAAGAUAUCAUCUUCGUCGCUGGUGUCACCAAGACCGUUGACUGGGGCGUCACCGCAUUCGUGAGCAGCCAGAACGAGGUGGAGGGGAGUAUAUCCUGCAAUCUAUCUGGGAUCGGCGCGGCGAGUAUCAACGUCAGGGUCACCAAUGACUCUGCCGCGAGUCUUUGGAAACGGGCGGGACCG